CACGGACGUCUUGUUGUAGGAAGUAGAUCAACUCUCGAACAUGAGUUUCCACUACGGACAGGGAUAUCCCGGAGGUGGGCAGCCGCCGCCCGGUGCUCCAUAUGGCGGAGGCGGUGGUCCCUAUGGUCAUCCUCCCUCAGCCCCGUACGGAGGGGCCGCAGGUCCAGCAGGAGGCUCUUACGGAGGUUACGGCGCCCCGGGUCAGGGAGGGCCUUAUGGCCCUGCGGCCGGCGGUGCCCCCAGUGGCCCUUAUGGGGGUUAUGGGGGCCAGCCUCACGGAGGACCUUCAGGACACUUUAAUCCUGCAGGAAAUGUCCCCCCUGGCGUUAACCAAGAAGCGUACCAGUGGUUCCACAGCGUCGACACGGACCGCAGUGGCUUCAUCAGCCGGAAGGAGCUGAAGCAGGCGCUAGUCAACUCCAACUGGUCGGCCUUCAAUGACGAGACCUGCCUCAUGAUGAUCAACAUGUUUGACAAGACGCGGUCGGGUCAGAUUGACAUCUUUGGCUUCUCGGCUCUGUGGGACUUCAUCCAGCGGUGGAGGGCCUUGUUUCAGCAGUACGACAGAGACCGCUCCGGGGUCAUCAGCGGCUCGGAGCUGCACCAAGCUCUCGCCCAGAUGGGCUACAACCUCAGCCCGCAGUUCUCCGAGGCCCUGGUGCGGCACUACAGCUGCCGGGGGGCGCGGCCGGGCAUCCAGCUGGACCGCUUCAUCCAGGUGUGCACGCAGCUGCAGAGCAUGACGCAGGUGUUCAGGGAGAGGGACAACGCCAUGACGGGCAACAUCCGCAUGAGCUACGAGGACUUCCUGUCCAGCGCCGUCGGGAGGCUCAUGUGAGCGUCUCUCCACCGACUCCAUUCCAUUUUCAGGCCAUCGUUCGCUCAGUGCUUCAGUGCCAUAAGUGCCCCCCCCCCCCCCCCCCCCCCCCCACCAAAACCCCACAGCAUACCAGCCUGUACAGAUAAUCCCUUUGCUGUAAAUACAUCAAGCCUUACUUCAUAAAGGAAACAGCUGCUCUAAAGACAGGGCCUCACCGGGAGGUCAGCAGGACGCCGCAAUCUCUGUCGUUCUAUACAAAUCGACGCUUUCCUUUGGCGGAGUUUCACCUCGGAUGCCUUGACGCCUGACAGCUAAAAGGCUCGCAAGCAGCAGCGAUAUGAUCAGCCGAACCGAAAUCCAAAGGAGCAAUUAUUUAGGCAUGUUAGAUUAGUUAAAUGCAGCGCGCGCUAACCACAGAUGUGCCUGAUUCAGCGUAAAAACUUGAAUAGAGGACUAAUUAGGGAAGGAGUAAAAUAUUAAAAAUGAGAGAAACCGUCUGCGCUUCUUCAGCAACUCUAUAUCCCGGGAAUUAGUUCUCACACACACACAGCAGUAAUGUGUAUCGCCAUGAAAAGGCAUUUUAAAUACAUGCAGAUAAAUAUCCAUGCAGUGGUUUGAAGGACUCAACAUGCAGCAUUGGAUAUCGCUUUGUUAUUCCCUCAUAUGCAAUAUUUAAGAGGUGACUGAAGGCGUAACACCAACUUUAUUUAACAUCAAAGUGUAUAAAAAGAGCAUGAUUUUUAGAUAAAAUGCUGAAACUGCUAUCAGUGAAAUUCCAGAGAGAUGAAAUUGUCCCUCAUUAAGGUUUCUGCUACCAAUCAGACCAGAUCUUCAGUAUUCAUGUGACCAGUGCAUGGAGGGUCCUGCAGGUACUGAAUAAUACACUCCACUGAGGAUUACAUUAUAUCCUGAAGUCAUUAAACAUGCCAAAAUGGGUUGUAAUGCCAAAAGCCAAUAAACUCUUUUUUGUUUUCUUGUUCA